GUUGGGGAUCUCUUUGACCAUCACGCUAUUAGUCUUUUACUCUUGAACGUAUUUACUUCGUUAUUAUUCUGUCACCAUGUCUUCCGAACCCCUUGAACCUGGAUUAUAUCAUAUCAAAUCUCAACAGAGUGAUGAUUACCUCACCGCGUUGUUUCCGGGGAAUGGCAGGAUUGUAGCACAGCCCGAGAAGGGCGAGCCUUUUGCAAUUAACCCUGAAGGCCCAAAUUUCGUUAUUUACUUUAGAGGAAUUCCAGUUGGUGUCGUGGGUGACCAUUUAAUUGCUCAACCAAAUGUACCCCAGGUGGUUUGGAAAGUGACAAAGGCUGAAGCCCAGGGCGCUUGGGUUUUUGAAAGGGAUGACGAACCGAGAGGCUGGUGGUUCGAUCCUGAGCAAGAGGACAAUUUAACUAUUCGACCCCUUAUCGCCAUUCCCAGCUACCCACCGCAGUACCCCCCUCCAGAGCUCUUUGUUCUUGAAAUGGCGUAAGCAACAAGCGAUUCAAAGGCCAUGUCUAAGGGAUGGGAGAUCGACGGAUGCAGAGCAUUAGUCUCUUAGCGAGCUUUCAAUAUAUAGCACAAUUGAAAUAUGACAUAUAU